GCCGCUGGGAACUGACAUCAAACUGAAAUCAAGCGGGCACUUUUUUUUCUUGUUUCGUCCAUUGAUGCCAUUUUGCUUGUCUUCCUCGUGUUCAGGACAGAGCUUUUUAUUUCUGGAAGUUUCCAUUUAAAAGAUGUAAGCAAUUUUGAUGGUUUACACGCAUAAAGUGCCACGAUGCUCAGCGCUACAGGACGCACAGAGAUGUGAUUUUGGAUUUUACUGAGGACAGAAUGAUGGAUACUGUUGGAUGUGUAAAUAUAAAAAAAAUGUUUCUAUAUUUCCUUUGGACUUCAGUUCUUUUGAUGCCAAAACCAGGAGCUGUCGGACAUCAACUUGUCCUCAAUUAGGUUUACGGUCACUUGUAUAUUAUUUUGGAAAUCACCUACUGCCCUGAAUGCACUGAGGGAGCAGAACAAGCUUGACUCUACGCUUUUAUUUCCGUCACCUAAUUUCAUUCGGGAGUUUCAACAUCAUCUCAAACUUUACACGCGCCUGGCUCGUUCAUUCAUUGAGGUCGUGGUGGUGGUGGCGGCCAGUUCUCCCGAGGGAUGUUUCUGGGCUCCCGAGAACAGGGAGCGACAGCCCGGCUCCUUCAGUGGAUCUUCGCCUCGUCCUGGUGCCUAUGCAGCGGAUCUGAGAGGAGAUGAGAGCUGCGGUGUACCACCUCCUCGCCGGCUGCCUCUGCCUGUUACGCACCGCUGCUGAGGAGUCUCCUCUGCCCCGGGAGCUGUUGGAGCGGCUCUCCCGCAGCGAGAUCCGCAGCAUCAGCGACCUCCAGCGGCUACUAGAGAUAGACUCCGUAGAGAACGAGGUGAUCGAGGAGACUAAACACAACUACCACAAGGACUUCUCUCACAGCUUCCCCGACCUGAAGAAAGCACACACACACACCAGACGCAGGAGGAGCACUGUGGUGGAGGAGGCCUUGCCAGCGGUGUGCAAGGUGCGCACAGCGAUCUAUGAGAUCCCCAGGAGCCAGGUGGAUCCCACCUCAGCCAACUUCAUCAUCUGGCCGCCCUGUGUCGAAGUGAAACGCUGCACGGGCUGCUGCAACACCAGUAACAUGAGAUGUCAGGCGGCACGCAAGCACCACCGCACGGUCAAGGUGGCGAAGGUUGAGUAUGUGCGGCGGCGGCCCAAGCUGAGGGAGGUGCAGGUGAAACUGGAGGAUCACCUGGAAUGCAUGUGCACCAAUAAACGCCACAUCAGCUCAGACACAGACAAUGGCAUCAGGUGAAGAGAGACAGACAGAUGGAGGACAGGAAGUGGAGGACGAGCAGCUUCAACCUCUAACGUCUCCGCCCCACCGCCUGCCAUCCAGUGAUGUGAAGGUUUGAUGGAGUAUUUUGACCUUUGGGAGGUUUAAUGGAGGAUAACUGACUCAUAUGGACCUCGACUGUACUUUGAAAGGUUUGCAAAACACUGAGAGCGACUAACUACCCGAACAAGAAACAGGCGGAUGGUUUCCUCGCCGGAAUUUCUUGAAGGCAAAAAAAAAAAAAAAAAAAAGCGAUAACAUGCUGAAAAAGCAGAACACUGACAGAAGUGAGGUGGAUUCUGGGAUAUCGAAGGACUUAUUGCCUGCGUCUUGUUCCUUCUUCCGAGCAUAAACCGCUCAGCGGAUUAUAAACUGGGUGGAAUCCUUUCUAGAAACAGUGACUGGGAUUAGGUUUUUGUACUCCAAGAUUUACUCUUCCUCAGCAAAACACUUACACACUCUCUCUCUCUCACACACACACACACACACACACACACACACACACACACAUGCUCGUAUAUCCUCUUAUUUUUAUAACCUCUCAUUUUCUAUCGCUGUCUGUUUGUAUUUCUGGUAUAAUAUCCACAUAAAAAAUGGAGGGAAGAGUCCUCCUGACAUGUUACUGAUACUAAUAAAUAUUUAUAUGAAAACAAA